UUUUCUGAGUGUACUGCAUAUUUUACGAGCAUUACUGUCUCAGUGUAUGCAGGUCGAUGUUUCAUUUUGUGGAUAUUACUUGACAGUUUGUGAGUUUCUUGGCUUGUAAAAUGUUGGUCUUCCUCCUUGUAGUACCUGAAUCUGCUCUUCUGGUUUUCAUCUCUAGUAUAAAUUUUACUACUUGAGCAGAGGGACAAUCAUCUUUUAUUGCUUUCUCCACACCGGGAAGCUUAAAAAAUUUACGAAUAAUUAGAAGUUAUAUGAUCUGCACCAUCACCAUGAACUAGGGGUGGCACAGUCGUGGGUAAAAUCUGUUUCAAAAGGAGAAAUAGGAAGAUGGGUGGGGCAGGGUGGUGAUUUUCUAGAGUGCCAGACAGACCCAUUCCGCAUAAUACAAAAGUAUAUACAACAAUGGUCCAUGGAUCACCUAUCCCCUGCUACCAAACAUUGAUCAUCUCUGAAGAGAGCCCUUAUGAUCCCAUCUGUCUUGACUGCAUCCAGAUAUGAAAGAACAACCAGUUAAUUGUACUGCCUGGCUCCUCAGCCGUAAUCUGUCGUCUUUCUCAUAGAAUGAGUAAAAACAAUACUCGAACGUAAUUUCUCACAUCACUUUGACAAGCAUAUUUGGUGUAUUUUGGUUGCAAACUUUCAUGGAACUUGCAUGUACUUGUUUGUGUAUGGUUCAGGAUCCACGGAUCUCUGUGCUGCGGACUAGUAAUUUCAUCAUUUAAUUCAAGAGGUGUAGGCUCCACCGAACUCAGUGUUACAGAGCCCAUGUGGAUGCUGCAUAAUGAGCAUUAAUUCAUUGUCUAUUGUUUCUGGUUAUGAGCUUUCAAUGAGAUGGAGUUUCUUUGUGUCAUUUCUCUUUAGCUUAGACUAGCAAGCUACCGUAUACAAGUAUUAUUAUAUCUGGCAAAGUUGUUCUUAUCCCUACUACUUUUCUUAUUAACCACGUGAACUUGCAGGUUGGAUCUGAUAUAAAAUUAAUAUCCUUGGGCUGGAAAACUACUUGUUUGAUUGUCUUACAUUGCUAGCUUCCCUCUUACAUCACCUUCCCAGUUUUCGAAAAUGGUUUCUAAAUCAAUAAUUUUGAAGAAUAAGAUUUUAUUUGAAAAUUUAAAUGUGAAAAACAAUUUUCAAGUUGGCAUGGGCCUUGGGUUGGGUUUGGCUCUAUGUUUUCAACUUGAGAGUCCAUGGAGGUCAAGACAUGACGGAAAAUAAAGGUGUUAUCAAUUUUUUGUUUUAAAAUUGGGACAGUGGAAAACAAAAUGAAAAUAUUACUGUUGGAGAUUUUUAAAAUUUAGUUGGUUUAGCUUCAAGUCGGACGCAGCCAAGUUGGAGCCUUUUAGCAACUAGAAGAGGGGUCAAUCCAUGCCCACGCAGGGGGCCAGGCCCAACCUUAGGCCUAAAAGGUUGACCCAAACCCGGCCCAUUUUAUUUGGAUCAGCUCCCAUACCAGAAUUUGGGCAAUUCUGAAGACCGUGCGACUGGUCACGCUCCUUGUCUCAAGUCCAUGGAAGCAAGGUAUUUUCUUGUACUAUGGAGAAUUGAAACAGCCUGAAAACCUUGAAUCCAAUGCAGUGAAGAUGGAAGAGAUUCAAUCUCUCCCAUCGCUCUCAAGCCUCUCAGCCUCCACAGUUUCCUUCCUCAACAAGGAAUUCCACAGGAAAGAAGAUCUGAUUCGCGCAACACACCUCGUCUCUGAGUUGCAGAAGCGGUGCGGCGAUUUGGACCAAAACCUAAUUGAUCUCAAUCGCACACUCGAAGCCACCCUUCUUGCUUAUGCUUUCCAUUCCAAUGGACUGCACGACCUCUUUCGCAAUAUUAAUCUCCAAUUGACUCGUCUCAACUCGACCACUUGCUUUUCAUCAGAUGGUGGAGGAGGAGAGGGCAGGGCGGGACAGUUAUUGGCGGAGGAGUUGCCGGCGCUUGCCAAAGAAGUGGCUCGGGUUGAGACCGUUCGUAUGUACGCAGAGACAGCAUUAAAACUUGACAGUUUGGUUGGUGACAUCGAAGAUGCUGUAUCUUCUACUAUGAACAGAAAUCUAAAGAAGCAUGCUUCCACACACAGUUCAGAAGAAAUGCGUUUGCACGCCCUUAAAGCGCUUAAAUUGACAGAAGAUGUUUUAACUUCAGUCACAAAAACACGCCCUCAGUGGGCACGUCUUGUGUCAGCUGUUGAUCAAAGAGUAGAUCGAGCUUUAGCCAUUUUAAGACCUCAGGCAAUUGCAGAUCAUCGGACCCUUCUUGCUUCUCUUGGAUGGCCACCGCCUCUGUCCACUUUAAACUCAAACUUAGAUACAAGAAAAUCUAGUGAAGUCUUAAAUCCUCUUUUUACGAUGCAAGGGGACCUCAAACACCAGUACUGUGAAAAUUUCCUUUCCUUGUGUAGCCUGCAGGAAUUGCAGAGAAGAAGAAAAUAUAGGCAACUUGAGGGGUAUUAUCGGGAAAUUGCUCUUCACCAGCCACUCUGGGUGAUUGAAGAGCUUGUGAAUCCUAUAUCAUUGGCAUUCCAGCGACAUUUUUCAAAGUGGAUUGAUAAACCUGAAUUCAUUUUUGCCCUUGUAUAUAAGGUUACCAGGGACUAUGUUGACUCCAUGGAUGAGUUAUUGCAACCAUUGGUUGAUGAAGCAAUGCUAGCAGGUUACAGUUGUAGAGAAGAAUGGAUUUCAGCGAUGGUAACCUCCCUAGUAAUCUACUUGGCAAAAGAGAUAUUCCCCAGUUAUGUUGGUCAACUGGAUGAAGAGAGUGUCACUGGUGUUCAAUCCCAGGCUAGAAUAGCAUGGCUCCAUCUUGUUGACUUGAUGAUCACUUUUGAUAAACGGGUUCAGUCCAUGUUAGCACAUUCUGGAUUGUUGGUUUUCCUUCAAGAAGAUGGGAAUCUGCAGAAGAUUUCUUCUUUGUCCGUCUUCUGUGAUCGGCCCGACUGGCUUGAUUUAUGGGCAAAAAUAGAGCUUGAUGAUGUGCUAGAUAAGUUGAAACUUGAGAUGGAGGAUAGGAAAAAUUGGACAAUGAAAGUUCAGGGAGCAGUUCUUCUGCCAGGUCCUGAAGAUUACAGAUCUCCUGCAAUUUCUAGUGUUUUUCUUCAGCGCUUGUCAGCUGUGGUUGAUAGGUGUCGAGCAUUGCCAAGCGUUUCUUUGAGUUCAAGGUUUGCCAGAUUGUCUGGUGCACCCAUCAUACAUAAAUUUUUGGAUUGCAUACUUCUAAGGUGCCAAGAAGCUGAAGGCCUGACUGCCCUUACAGAUGAUGAUGCUCUUAUCAAAGUUACAAACUCCAUAAAUGCUGCUCGUUACUUUGAGUCUGUUUUGAAGGAAUGGUGUGAGGAUGUCUUCUUUCUUGAGAUGGGAUUACAUGAAGGUGAUCAGUUGGGAACGGUGGUUGGUGUGAAUAGUUUUAGUAGACCAAUUGAAGGACCUGGGAGCGGUAUUUUUGAUGACGAAAUUGAAAAGCUGGAGAAGUUCAGAUUGGAGUGGGUUGGGAAGUUAUCAGUUGUUCUCUCAAGGGGAUUUGAUGCUCGGUGUCGAGAUUACAUGAAGAACAGGAAGCAGUGGCAGGAAAAGGUUGAAGAAGGUUGGAUGGUGUCCAAGUCUUUACUGGGGGCUCUGGAUUAUUUGCAAGGAAAAAUGUCAAUACUGGAAGGAAGUUUGAAUGCAAUAGACUUUGUUGGGGUUUGGAGAAGUUUGGCAGCUCAUGUGGAUCGAUUAAUUUUUAGUGGCAUUCUUAUGAGCAAUGUAAAAUUUUAUGAUGGGGGUGUAGAGAGAUUUAGAUGCGAUUUGGAGGUUCUUUUCGGGGUAUUCAGGGCUUGGUGUAUGAGGCCUGAAGGCUUCUUUCCCAAAGCGAGUGAGGGCUUGAAGUUGUUGAAGAUGGGUGAGGACCAACUCCAGGAUUAUUCAGCAGCAGGGGAGAAAUGGAUGGUGGAAAAUGGGAUUAGGCAUUUGAGUGUUGCAGAAGCGGAAAAGAUUGUAAAGAAUAGAGUAUUUACAAGUUGAAUGCUUUCAGGUUAAGGUCUUUUCCUUUUUCUCAGCAUAGGCUCAAGGGGUACAGCAAACAAGAAAAAAUAGAGGUUAGUUGAGGUUUAUGUAUACAGAGGGAAGAUUCUAGUGUUUGUACUAGUUUCCAGAUCUCCCAAAUUGACCCAAUUCUUUAUAUCAUGGCACAACAAAUGCUUGGGUUUUCUUCAAAUUAGAAUAAGUUUAUUCGUUUCUCUCAGGAUUCCAGUAAAGACUCUUAUCUAUAUUGUUUUUUCAUUCAGUUUGUUGAAAUAACAGAUAGAGCUGUUUGGGAUGCAA